ACACCGCAGCAAAGUACAACACAACACCCUCGCGCAACAACACCCCUCUACAGCACAAAGGACUACUCAAUAUACACCAUGGCGUAUAACUUCGUGCGGUCUUAUAUAGACACCUUUCGAGAGCGAACCGCAGCGAUCAGCCACACAUCCACCUUCCGCGAAACGGGGCAGAUAACGCCCGAGGAAUUUGUCCUCGCUGGAGACUUCCUUGUGUUCAAGUUUCCUUCGUGGCAGUGGGCCGAUGCUUCUUCGCCUUCCAAGCGUGUGCCAUACCUUCCAGAGGGCAAGCAGUUCCUUGUCACCAGGGGUGUACCGUGCAAUCGCCGCCUCGACGACAACUUCGCGGGGGAGGCUGGACAGGACGAGACUCUAGUGAGGGAUGGCUUCGCCGCUGGCGAGGGUGAUGCAGACGACGAUGGCUGGUUAAGGACAGGCGGCAUGGCCGCAAGCCAAGAGGCCAAAGUGCGAGAUGUGCGAACGGUGGAUGAGAGCGGCAACCUCGGAGCUGCUGAAGAUGAGGACGAGAUUCCGGAUAUGGAAGAUGACGAUGACGAUGACGAGGCUAUCAUAAGAGAUCCUCAGGGCGAUAACACAUCUGCACCUAUCCGAACUUACACGCUCUACAUCUGUUACUCUGCCCACUACCGGACACCCCGUCUCUACCUUUCCGGCUACGGCUCGACUUCGGUCCCUUUGAAACCACAAGAGAUGAUGGAGGAUAUUGUGGGUGAUUACAAAGACAAGACCGUCACCAUAGAAGACUUCCCUUUCUUUGAGCACGCAGUUAAGACGGCUUCGGUGCAUCCUUGCAAGCAUGCGUCGGUGAUGAAAGUGCUGCUUGACCGUGCGGAUGCUGCACUAAAGCUGCGGCUCGCAAAACUGAAGGCAGGCAAGGAUGUUGGCAAGCUUGACAGUGGCAUGGAAGCCUUGGUGGACGAUACGAAGUUGCUGAGGCUGACAGAACAGGCAAAGGGUAAAGACGGAGAGGAAGGCAAAGAUGAUUGGGAAGUGCUCGAUGACGCUGCUACUGAUGAGGUUGCGAUCCGUGUGGAUCAAUAUCUUGUUGUGUUCCUCAAGUUCAUGGCCAGUGUUACACCUGGCAUCGAGCACGACUUCACAAUGGGAGUGGCAGGUAGCAUGGGAAUCAAGGCGCUACAUCAGGCGCCUUCUCUGCAUCUUCUGGGGUACCAUCAACACCAUGCGGUCCCUCAAGCUGUACAACAUCUCCCGUGAUGCGACUCCUGACACCGCUGGAAUCGAACUUCCAGUCUUUGACAUAUUUCGCAUAGCGUCUCAGAUCCCUCUGGAAUGUUGUUCCGCCACUCCAUCCCAGAAUCGCGCAGCCCAAAGUCCGCC